AAACAACCGCGGCAAGAAAGAGGAAAAAAAAACAUGACGUCUUCAUCAUCUUGGAUUGAAGAAGCGGAUGCGUUUGUCCGUGGGGGGAUGGAGUACUGGCGUCAAGUGGGUGAAUCCGAGGGGUUCGAUGUCGAGGGUAUCUCUGCACCACAAGGGACCCUUGUACUGAAGGUCGUCAAGUGUGAAGGAAGUAUGUUUCAGCAUGAAUAUCGUGUCGACCUCUACGCUAAGUUGGGGCUUCAUCGUUAUAAUAUCUUGAAGGGGACAAACUUUCAUCUCGAUCACCUAAUCAAAUACAACAAGUUGAUGAACGCCUUGUCCUCUUACUACAUUACUUUGGUCGCUUCCGAUCCAGCUAGUGGCUCCGUGCUAACCUUCCAGGUUAAAGUUGACCAAAAUUGGCUUCACCGUUUAAAUUUGAUUGUCUCUGUUGCUAGACCUAAAGGGACCAUGGAGCCGCUCCCGCUUCAAGAUGACCUGAAAGCCGACAGAGUGCUUCAUGAUUUACACGAUGACGAUGGAUUGUCUGCGUGGCCUUCAGAGGAUGCUUUCAAUGAUACAAACCGAUUUCACAUAAUGGAGGAAUCAGAGUUGCUAGACACUGACUGGAUUCGCCUAUAUGUGGAACUUUUACUUUGUUCAAAGGAUAGGUUGCUCAGAGACAGCGACUUGUCCAAGUUGAAGAUUGUGAAAGUGGCGGUAGAAGCUAGUAAUGAAGACGUGGAGCCGCCGAGUGAGAGACUCAACGCCGCCAAAAGCGCAACUUUCUACAUACCUUUUCGCUUGGCAAUUUGGGGGAUUAGAGAGCAUGUUGAACGAAGAGCUAUAGUUAGAAGACUCAUCAGUGAGCGUACAGGAAACUUGAUCCUCCUUGAUGCUCUGGCCCCUUUUAAGAAGGAAAGAAGACAUGAUGAAACGCUAUUGCAACCCUCGUUGGGCUACUCACGUCCCAAUGGGCGCUUGUCCCGUUCCCUUUCCCCGUUUGAUAUAUUACCCUUUGAGCGUUUUAAGCGUUCGCGUUCGGAAUGGCAAGAUCCAUCUGAAAAUUAGGAUGAGAUGAUGAUAAACUAUUUAAUCGUCUUCAGACUUCAGUGUUGUUUUAUGCGUUUGGACUGCUAAGUGGUUUUGUAUUUAUUUUGUUUUUCGUGUUCGUUCUCCUUGUUUAUGUUGAAACUUGAUACACUCUGACUCUGCAUUGUCCACCGACUUCACAAGUAGCUGAAAAUAAAAUACCACUUUUG